AUGCCUUACGAUAAGAUCCAGAAACAAAUUGAUUAUGAAGAUGACCCGGAACUGAUUGCCGAAGCUGAAUUGGCCAAAAUCGAUCCGACUUUCACGGUGACGCGCCCUGUCAAAGUUGAACCAGCUGUUGUUAAGCCAGUGACUAACCCCAUUGCCAACAAAGUCAACACCAACAAUGAAGGUUUGAAAAACAUGAAAUUCGCAGACGAAACGUUGAACUUUCCAGAGAAAAAGCCAAAGACGGCCAACCAGGCGAAAAACCUUCGCAAACAGCGUCAACGCGGCGUCAGCGGAUGUUGCUCCAAGAAGUGUGAGUCAUUGGAGUAUAAAUUUUGUUUGAUGUGCUGCUCCUUCACAUAGACAGUUUGAAAUCUGAAAGCUCAGGGCUAAAUUUGUUCACAGUAAAAGUUUCAUAAAAUCUCUAUGUUUAAAAAAAAAUUUUCAGUUUUUCUAUGGGCAAGAAAUAGAUUUUUCAGUCUCGGGCUUCUCUCACGACGACAUGGAGGACUUUGACGAGACUUUCGACAACGACGACGAGCUGGAGAACGUGGAAUACGUCGCCAAGAAGCGCUCUGAGCGCAACUCGACCUCGACUACUAGCAAUCGUAGCAACUAG